AUGUCUAGUGCACCAACAUUUAAGCCAUCGCCGCUCUCAUUCGGAAGCCCAAGGGCGUCUCCCUUUCGGCGACCGUCGACACCCAACUCUCCGCCGGGGUCAGCCCGCACAGGCGGUACGCCAGGAAGCUCUCCCACCCGAGGGUUCACGCCGAUGCAAUCGCCGAGCAAAUUGAAUCAAACGUACACAGCAGAGGAAGACAAUGUGACAGCUCUUCCACGUGAGCCUAUUUCUCAGCCCAAGUUCACACGAGAGCUUCCUCCUUCACCGACCAAGGGGGCUUACUCGCCCGGUCAUCAAUCGCCUAUUGUCAAAAAGCAGUCUUUUAGCGCGCCGAUUGCAAGUCGGGUGGGCGCCGACGCGGCGUCCAAACUCCCUGCACACCAAGUGCGGGAGAUCAGGGAAGCUUUCCAAGUCUUGGAUCGAGAUAACGAUGGUUUGGUAAACAAGGAUGACGUAGCAGAUGUUUUGUCGAAUAUUGGCCAAGAUGCAUCGCCUGCUCGUCUCUCUCGCUUCUUCCCCGAUCCUUCUACGCAAAGCAUCAACUUUCCCACAUUUUUAAACACUCUUUCUCAACUCAUGUCGCCCAUGUCUUCCUCGCAAGAAUUAAUGAACGCUUUAGCUGCCUUCGACGACGAUGACAAUGGCCAGAUUGACGUCGAAGAAUUGCGUGAUGCGCUUUUACACACGCUACCCGAAGGUGGCGAUGUUCCCUUGACUGGGCAACAGAUCGACGAGGUAUUGAGCGGGUUUACCGGUCGACGGGCAUUCGGGGGACGAAGCGCCAAGUCAGGGACGGUGAAACGGGGCGAAGUCUUCCACUACCAUGAUUUUGUCCGCAAUGCAGUGGGUGGGGCGGAGAAUGGGAGUAAUGCACGCGUGGAGCCAGGGCCAGUUGGGGCUUGA